UAGUGAGGCACGUACACCGCGUGCCACACGAUAACCGAAGUGACCCUUUCUUACCCUUGAGGGCAAUUUCUGGACCGGUUCCUUGGAAAUAUGACACUCAAAAUAAGCACAGUCUUUUUGCGGUGCUCCCUAGUGUUAAACGUAGAACAAGCUUAGGUGAAUUGUGUGACCACUGAGGAAGGAAAACUGCUAUCUCCACGUCUGUACGACCAGCAGUUGGACUAAGAGCAUCUAUGAAGAAAAUUCUACAGCUAACUAGAGAGUCAGUUUUUCGUCAGAAUUUGUAGAUCUGUUCGUCGCUGUUUGCCACUCUUGUACAGAUAAUAUUCUUCCUUAGCAACCGCGAUGUCGUCGCUUUUCUGGCCACUCGUGGUCCUCUCUCAGCUCUGUGGAGUUACCAUGCUGGUUACCAUGGUUAUAUGGUUACAACACCACGUGGGAGGGUUUGUGUGGGGUGCUGCCGGUGGAUAUCAUCCAUUACUGCUGACUUUAUCCCUGGUUUUCCUCUUUGGUGAAGCUCUUCUAUCAUUCCGUGUUUUCAGUCGUUGUGGCCUGCCGUACCUCGCCCAAAAGGCCAUGCAUGCUACCGUCCACACAGCCAUCAUUAUCCUGUUCAUCGCCGGCCUCCGCGCCGCAACCGUUGCCAAAGAUGCCCAAGAAAACCCAAGUGUUGUUCACAACUACUCCCUCCACAGUUGGCUCGGCAACUUCACAGUGGUUCUGUUUUGUUUGCAGUUUGUUGCAGGGUGUGCUUACUACGGUGCCGAGCGAUUCCUGAGACAGGACCACCCCUUGAAGACGCACUACCCCAAGAUCCACGUUUUCUUUGGCAUGUUCAUGUUUUCACUCUCCUUAGCGUCCUGUUUGACGGGAUUAAGCGAGCUUUCCAUUUAUGAGAUAGCUGAGUACGCGCAGGGAGUCGCAUCGGGGAGUGUAGGCAACGUCUACGGUCUCUCUAUGGUUCUAUUUGGCGGCACGAUCGCCUUCAUCGUCAUGAGACCAGAGUUCAAGAAUGACAUGACGCAAAACGUCGAAUCGCCUCAGCAAUGCCGUUCAGACUAUCAAGACGUCACACCCAGUGUGCAUGUCAUCGUCAAUGAUGACGCCACGGAAGAUGGAGACAGAUCAAGGAUGCAAAGCGAGGAUUCUGCUUGAAACAGUUGUCUGUCUUUUUGUACACUACUUUUGUAAAAUAAUGCUUUAUUCAAUGUCAGUGUUGAUUAAUCGAAAUAGCCUGUAGGCUAUACGGUUUUACUUAGCACAAAUGUUUUCGCACAAUGACAACAAUAUGACGAUCGUUCUUUCCGGCACAUGCACAAAUGCUAUAAUAAAAAUAAGAGACCCUUAUAACUUGCAGCAGAUUGCCUAAGGGAAUAAAUAUGUGUUUGGCCGGUCGUAAGGCGCCUUUCCUAAGUACGUUUUUGGGUGAGUUGUGUACACGAUGCAUUUCACUUUCACGGACACAAAAAUCGACUCCAUUAGCGUUAGCACGUGCGCGUUACGUUUGGCCGUCAAAAUCGCCCCAUGAGCGAUUUUGACGGAUAACCAAAGUUUGGCGCAAGUGUUGACGCGCAUAUGGAAAGGUGGCUUUAAACGUGCGUUAAAGACCGGUGUGGCGGUUUCAGCUGUCUCGCGGUCUCAGCGGUCCCCCUUACCAAAUAUGGUAAAAUACGUCAUGCCAUCUCUGCGCACAACAACGGGAAAGUCGUCCGUUUAAUGUCCGGCUAUUCUGGGAGACCACUGAGACCGGGAGACAGCUGAGACCGCCACACCGGCAUAGGAGAAUAGACGCGACUAAUGCCCGAGUCGUAGGCGAGGGCAUCAUCAGCGUUCGCUCUCCUAAGCAAGGUCUUAAACGUUAGUUUAAGACCGGCCAAGCACAUAUAUAUUCCCAUUCAUAAAUACCCUUUUAUUCAAAGAGUCAACAGAAGUCAACGUGAUGGAUUUCCAACGAUUUUUUUCUAAAAUUUUACUUUCAUUUUUCCCUACACCCCCGGCCAUUUAAUGGUAGACAUGUAUUCCUGUUGAAAGCUGUCCAAUCGCACACUAGUUUAUUUAAUCGCUGGUCAACGUCAGCGGAUGGAAUUCAAACACAAAGGAGGGGCUAGGGAACCAUGGUUACAGUUUCGUGGACGGGGAACUGAAAGGCGAGAUUAAAAACUCAGAACAGUUGUUCAUUGCGUUCCUAAGCCAAUCGGCACUAGGCUACGAAGAGACAAGAUUUCAUGAACCAAUAAGAAAGAUGGUAUCAUACUCGUUAACAACUUUGGCCAUCCAAUCAAAACGCCUCAAACAGCCACACAUCUAGAGUUGCCCUACACGUUGUACACAUAUGUACAUAGUACAUAGGCCUGCUGUAUAAUAUAUCUGGAGAGUAAAUGCAUACUCCUCGCUGAAAAAAGAAUGUUUUCCUUUGAAGGUUAAGGUCACCCACUUGAAUUGUGAAUCACAGAAGUUACUAAACCCAGGUUGUAUUUGGGCGUAAUAAACAACGCUUUCCGAAGUUCGUGUGAAAUGCA